UAGUAUAACCGUAUUUUUCUAUAUCCUUUCCGAAGCCAUGGAGUCCCCAAAACCCUACGGCCCCACAAACCCCCUUCUCUCGCUCUCCACCUUCUUCCACCAGCACUGCCACCGGCUCUGCGCCGAGCUAGCCAGCCGCUUCGAGGACACCAAGCGACUCGCUGGAACCCUAUCCGAAGGCUGGCCACCAGUGGCAAACCGGCGUCCCCGUUCGUCGUAUCCUCCGCUGUUCGCGUCGGUAACACAGCCUAAGCAAGCCUUGGCCGCAGGUCUGAGCUCCGAGCACGUGGCCAAAACCCUAACUGGCACGGCAGUCUACACUGUGAGCAAUUCGAACAAUGAGUUCGUGCUUAUCUCUGACCCCAAUGGUGUCAACUCGAUUGGGUUGCUUUGUUUUCGCCAGGAGGAUGCCGAGGCCUUCCUUGCUCAAGUUAGGACACGGAAAAGAGAACUACGAAGUGACGCAAAGGUUGUUCCCAUUACUCUUGACCAGGUAUAUAUGUUGAGGGUCGAAGGAAUUGCAUUUCGGUUUUUGCCUGACCCUGUUCAAAUAAAGAACGCAUUUGAGCUCAAAACCGGAGAUUCCAGGAAUGGGUUUGAUGGAGUUCCUGUUUUUCAGUCCGACCUUCUGGUUGUCAAGAAGAAAAACAAGCGUUAUUGUCCAAUUUACUUUACAAAGGAGGAUAUAGAAAAAGAACUGUCCAAGGUCUCUAGGGCAUCAAGAGGACCAGCAUUAUCUCAACAUAUUAUGGUUGGUAGCUUGGAAGCUGUUUUGAGAAAAAUGGAGACGAGUGAGCGUAACUCAGGGUGGGAAGAUCUGAUUUUUAUUCCACCUGGCAAAAGCCACUCUCAGCACAUUCAAGAAGUGCUUAAAGCAUAAUUUAUGUGAUGCGUGACUUCAACUGACCAUUUGAAAGGAUCUGGAAGCUGUUAGCAUACUGCAUGUUUUCAGGGUCAAAAUAAAGCAGGAAAAUUAAAGCUCCAGAGUGCGGGUGUUUUUACAGCUAAAAAGAGAUCCAUUGAAGGUCAGGGAAAUCACCAUGUUGAGACAAAAAUUGUGGGACUGUUGUAAUUUGUGUACAGUCUCAUUGCAUCGACACAAAUGCGCCCUAUAUAUGUUGUUAAACAUAUAUAGAUCAAUUUCAAGCGAAAUCACACCUAGCAAGAGAGCUCAGCAAAUCACUUUUAACUGCGCAUAUAUGAUUUAUGGAAACAUAAUGAUCAGACGCUCAUACAAACGGUAUCUCUGCAUCUUUAUGUUUCCUCAGCCACAUAUAAUUGAAAUGGCAAUAUCUUUGUUGGAACAUGGUUGUGUUUUAUACCCAUCCAAAAAAGGGGUUGGAAUUUUUGUUUUGUAUUGACACUGAGGCUUGAAGAGAGAUAAGGUACGUGGCUCCAUGAUUUUCUUAA